AUGAGAAAAGAUCCAAACACAGACUUGCCCAGAGGAAGACCUUGUGAAGACCCAGGGAGCAGAUGCCACCUACCAGCCAAGGAGAGGGGCCUCAGAAGGAGCCAGCCCUGCCAACCAACCCCAGAACUUCAAGGACACCAAUGUUGUUUCAGCCACUCCAGGAGCCGUCACAACAGGACAGGCCAUGUUCCUCCGGGCGCCAAGAUGCUGCUGCUACUGCUGUCCUUGCUGCUGGGCGGGUCCCAGUCUCAGGAUACAAGGUUCAAGCUGCAGGUGCAGGAGUUGGUGAGGGUACAGGAGGGCCUGUGUGUCUUUGUGCCCUGCGCCGUCUUCUAUCCUCCAUACGGCUGGAUGAAGUCUACCCCAGCUUAUGGUUACUGGUUCAAAGAAUGGACUGACUCAAGCACUGGUGCUCCAGUGGCCACAAAUCAUCCAGAUCGAGAAGUGCAAAUAAAGGCGCGUGGCCGAUUCGAGCUCCUUGGGAGGCCCCAGAAUGAGGACUGCUCCCUGGUGAUCAGAGAUGCUCGGAGGGAGGACGAGGGACCAUACUUCUUUCGGGUGGAGAGAGGGAGCUACGUAAAUUAUAAUUUCAGGAAAGCAUUCUCUCUAGAAGUGACAGCCCUUACUCAGGAGCCAGAUGUCUACAUCCCAGAGACCCUGGAGCCUGGGCAGCCGGUGACGGUCAUCUGUGUGUUUAACUGGGCCUUUGAGGAAUGUCCAGCCCCUUCUUUCUCUUGGAUGGGGGCUGCCGUCUCCUCCCAAGGAACCAGAGCCCCCACCUCCCGCUUCUCUGUGCUCAGCCUCACACCAAGACCCCAGGACCAUGACACUGACCUCACCUGCCAGGUGUCCUUCUCCACGGGGGGUGUGAGCACACAGAGGACUGUCCGACUCAGUGUGGCCUAUGCCCCCAAAGACCUGGCUGUCGGCAUUUCCUGGGACAAUGGGACAGCCCAGAAGCCCCAGGACACCCUUCCACAUCUGCAAGCCCAGAAAGGCCAGUUCCUGCAGCUCCUCUGUGCUGCUGACAGCCAGCCCCCCGCCACGCUGCGCUGGGUCCUGGGGGACAGAGUCCUGUCUUUGUCCCACCCCUGGGGCCCCAGAACCCUGAAGCUGGAGCUGCCCAGCGUGAGGGCUGGGGAUUCUGGGCGCUACACCUGCCUGGCAGAGAACAGGCUGGGCUCCCAGCACCGCAGCCUGGAGCUCUCUGUGCAGUAUCCUCCAGAGAACCUGACAGUGAUGGUUUCCCAAGCAAACAGGACAGUCCUGGAAAUCCUCAGGAAUGACACAUCCCUCCCGGUCCUGGAGGGCCAGAGCCUGCGCCUGGUCUGUGUCUCCCUCAGCAACCCCCCAGCCAGGCUGAGUUGGGCCCGGGGGAGCCAGACACUGAGCCUGCCCCAGCUCUCAGACCCGGGGGUCCUGGAGCUGCCUCGGGUACAAAUGGAGCAUGAAGGAGAAUUCACCUGCCACGCUCAGCACCCUCUGGGCUCCCAGAGCAUCUCUCUGAGCCUCUCUGUGCACUACCCCCCGCAGCUACUGGGCCCCUCCUGCUCCUGGGAGGCCCAGGGGCUGCGCUGCAGCUGCUGCUCCCAUGCCCAGCCGGCCCCCUCUCUGCACUGGCGGCUCAGGGAGGGGCUGCAGGAGGGGACCAGCAGCCAGGGCUCCUUCAUGGCCACCAACAGCUCAGAUGGGCCCUGGGCCAACAGUUCCCUGAGCCUCCAUGGGGAGCUCAACUCCAGCCUCUGGCUCAGCUGCGAGGCCCGGAAUAUCUAUGGGGCCCAGAGUGGCACCAUCCUGCUGCUGCCAGACAGGAAGGGACCCCUCUCAGCAGCAUUCUUUAAAGGAGUCGUUCUGGGAAUGGCCAUCAUGACAGUCUUUCUCUUCCUCACCCUGGUCAUUGUGAAGAUUCUCUGGAAGAAACACACUCAGGCAGAGAACCCGAGGCCCAGGCUUUCACGCAGCAGCACGAUCUUGGAUUACAUCAACGUGUUCCCUAAGGCUCGGAAUCUAAAGGCCACACCAACCAACCCUUCCCAGACCCCUGCUUCGAGAGCUCCCUCCCCAGGAUCAAAGGACCAGAAGGAGCUACGCUAUGUGUCCCUUGAUUGCCCAGGACCCGAAUCAUCCAUUCAAGACCCAGAAUAUGAGAAUAACCAAGAGGAGGAGGAGCUCCAUUAUGCUGGGCUCACCUUUCCAGGCCACAGACCCAUGCUUAAGACCCAGAUACCUAGAGAUACCGAGGAGGAUUAUGCAGAAAUCAAGUUCCACUAAGGGCCUCGUUCCACGGGGACCUCUUGAGCUUUAGCACUGGGACCUCUGCUAGGGAGAAAAGUAGAACAAUAAAGUGGUUAA